CACUGAACCUGGAGUCCACUGCAACAGGACACGCCCGCUGAGGGGCCUCCCAAAAGAAACAGUGGGGGCAGAGCCGGACUGUUUCCUGCGCUUUGCCUCUCCCACAGCAAGAGACGCGGGGCACUGAAGCAGGCCCGUCAGCACAAGCUGCAUUACCUGGGAGGCAGUCUGAAGGCUCCCUUGGUGCCUGAGCUCUGAGCCCACGGGGCACUGUGCUAGGGCAGGGAUCACAUGGGGAGAUGCGGGCCCUCCUAAGGCAGGUGCCACAGGAGGCAAGAGGGAAGGGUGGAGCUAGCUGGGGGCUCUGCACCGAUGCUCACCUGCUGCCUGUGUGCUUGCUCAAAGGCCCUUAUGAAGCUCAAUGAAGCAGAGGUCCUGAGGAACUCCAUGGGGAAGACAGCAACUGUGUUAGACUGCUUUGAGGAGGCGACCUUCUUCAGCCUCAAAGCGGAGGUCUGCUGUAAUCUAGGACGCGUGGGGCUGGCCAAGAAAAUGACCAGGCAGGUGCUGAGCCUUCUGAAAAAGCGUCCUCAGACACACUCCGGAGUCUUUGUCAAGUCUCUGUGGGAAAGGUUUCAGGGUGCUCUUUGUGACACAAACAGAAGAACACCCUCUCUUCUGCUAGAGGCUCGGAGGAAGAAGCUAGCCUGGAUGCUUCAGCAGACCCGCUGCCUCUCCUUACUGGGGCACCUCUACAGCCUGGAGGGCACAUCAGGAGGACGGAGGUUCUCCCGCCUGGCAGCUCUCAUGAAAGCCAACGUGGACAGGAGAAUGGACUCCUCUCAGGAAGAAGACUCCCACCCCGAAAACUGCCUUUCCAUCCCUGCUUUUCUCAGUGUGUCUUAGUAAAACAUCUGUUCUCUUAUGGUGGUGGUUGUCAGGCCUUGCCAGGGAAGGUUCAGGUUGGAAAUAAGAAGAAAGUUCUCAGAAAAGGAGAGCUUGC